UACAGCUCCCAACAUGCUUUGCUACUACAGGAACUGGGCAACGACGGGUCUUCCUCCUACAGCACUGAAAUGGCGACUUCCAAGAGGAAGCGUGGGAAAGUGGGAUCGUGCGUUGCUCCUGCAGGAUACACGGCUAUACCAGUGAAGUUCUCUGAAAAGCAUCAAUCUCCUCACUACCUUUAUGUGAAGGAGCACAAAGUCAGAGAGAACACAGAUCCUAACAGGCCUCCAAAUCGUACUCUUUUCAUCCUCAAUGUUCCACCAUAUUGCACAGAGGAAUGCUUGUCGAGGCUGUUCUCCGGCUGCUGUUCUGUACAGUCUGUGGAGAUGUGUGAAAAGCCAAGGCUGGGAGAAAAACCAGAAGCAUCUGAGUCCAAGUUCUUCAACACUAAGACAUUGUUGGGAUUCAAGGUGGCCUAUGUGGUAUUCAAGAGUCCAGCUGGUAUACAGGCUGCCCGGUCAUUAUCAACGCAUGGGCCCCUAGUGAUCUCUUCAGUCAAUCAUCCUGUUCAAACUGGAAUUCUCAAAUGGAUUGCUGGGUAUGCUGCAUCAGUUGUGGAUCCCGCUGAGCUGAAGAAAGAGGUGGAUUCUUUCAUGCAAGUCUAUGAUCAGAAGACUGCUGAGGAAGACGCAAAAGCUGAGGCUGCCGAUGGUGUCCCAGAUGAGGAUGGGUGGGUGAAGGUGACAAGGAAAGGUCGAAGACCUGGAGUUCCACGGACAGAAGCAGCCAACCUGCGGGUACUGGAGAAGGAGAAGCGCAAGAGACAACGCAAGGAACUGCUCAACUUCUAUGCUUGGCAGCAUCGUGAAACUAAGAGAGAGCACAUAGCCCAGCUGAGGAAGAAAUUCGAAGAAGACAAGCAGAAAAUUGCGCUCAUGCGAGAACAGCGAAAGUUUCGACCAUACUGAGUCUUUACAAAAGGGAAGCCACAAAGAGGUUACAGACAGACAUAUUUUGAUGGAGCUUCCUGCUCAUUUCAUCACUGUCUCUUGGACGGUCUAAUAAAGUGGACAGCUUUAGGGGCCACACAUGAAGUAAUCUUUGCUCAAAUGCACAACCCUAUGAUAGCUCUGUGGACCUUGCUCCAUGAUCCCUGACAAACUUGAUGUCACCUAAUAGUGUGCUGUUUGGCUGAGAGAUGAAAAACUACAUUUUAAAUUGUAAAUAAAUGUUGCUACGGGCUAUAGAAUGUU